AUGAACGGCAUGCGUGGCAGUGACGAGAGCCGAGACACAUCGCCCCCUCGUGUCUUGAGCACCCGGCAGCCGCUCGCCGUGAUUGACGGCCCGGCUAUGUCUCGAAGCAAGGUAUCACCAGCAUACAGGAGCAAAAGCAGAAGCAGCAGCGGUGACAGUGAAGGCUGUAUUUCGCCCCUGGUGCUCCCAGCGGCUACCACCGAGAAUGUCCUACGCAUCGGCAUGAAGCCAGAAGCAGCUACUGACGGCCUCCGGCAGCAGAAACAGCAGCAAGCAAUGAAGGAAUGGGAGCAGCAGCGAUACAGGGCGCUUCUCCCACUGAACUGGGGGUCUCGGAGUGCAUGCAUUGUCAUGCUAGCCAGAGAUGCCAUUACUGGUAGGCUUGUCACAACGCGGCGCUACUGCUAUCGCUGCGACGCCAGCGACCUCACGUGCGAGUGUAUUGUAAGCGAGGAUCCAGUUGAUGGGCGUCUUGUCCCCUUCACACCUCUGUGGAAGUCGCAGAUGCGAGGUCUGAGGAAUCUCCGCCACACAUGCGUAAAUCAGGUGUUGGAUGUGCUGAUGGACAAUGAGAAACAGGAGCUGCUGUCAGUGCACGCGUACGUGGAUGGCAUGCAGCCACUGGCUGCAGCGUUGGGGUCGUAUCCAUGCCUCAUUCACCACGCAGUAACGCCGUUGCAUUUGCUCCACAUCACACAAGAGGUGAUUGCCGGUGUGUUAUUCCUCCACAACCACGGCAUCGUGCACGGUGCGUUGUCGCCGUGGACGAUUCUGCUGGACCCGCAUGGGCAUGCAUGUGUGACGGGGUUUGCGGUCGCACACGUGCCACCACAGCAAUCGCACCGUCACUUCCCUGCUGCUGUUGAUGAUGGUGCUGGUCGUAGCGGCGCCCACUGCAACUACACACUACCGGAAUGGGUCCCAAAGCAACAGCAAGAGCAGUUGCCACCGUUCCAGUGCCACGCCUUCACAGAGGCCGCUGAUGUGUUCGCCAUUAUUGCCGUCCUGUUCACCAUGACGUCGCAGAAUCACGAUGCGCUCUCUGUUGACCUUCGAAAGGCCGCGGCAGGUGUGCUUCAAAAGGAUCCGCAGCACGGCAGGCCGCUUGUGGAGCUCGCAGCGUGCCUUGAAGAGCUUGCUUCGCCGCGCAACAAGAAGGUGCACACCGCUGAAAAUGUGGAUAAGCAGCAGCAGCAGCAGCAGCGAAAUGAAUCAACACUGCCGCGUGGUGGUACGUGCCUGAAGCGGUCACGGUGGUGGUUCGUCGCGUUGGCGGUUAUCUUCUGUAUGGCCCUCAUUCAUUUGGCCGAUAAACGACGGGUGGCUCAGCUUAUGUCCAGAAUGCAGCAGCAGCAGCGGCAGCAAAGCGAGUUUCUUCUUGGUAACCGGAGGGUGGUGCCUCUGCUCUCGGCGCCACGGCCGCAGCGGCCCCGGCCAUAUAUUAGACGCCGUGUUCGCCGUGGCACCAAUACGGGCUUGUGA